AUGACUAUCUACAACAUGUGCACCCAAAAACCUCUUCAUGAUCACUCUCAGCAGUUGUAUGAAAAGUAUCACGAACCAUUCGAGGAGUAUAUUAAGUCAACUGUUAUGCAUGUGUUGAAGGAGAAGCAUGAUGAAUACAUGAUGCAGGAGCCGGCUAAAAGAUGGUCUAACCAUAAAGUUGAUAAAGAACAUGAGGAUUCAGGAUCUUACUACUCUCGCAAAUCAUCAAGCUGGAUCCAUGAAGAUUCUUGCCCUGAUUACAUGUUGAAGCACAUGGAUUCUCUUGAUAAUAAACUGGAUCUUCCAUGGGAGUUUUCAGAGGCUAACAAAUCCAAGGAGAUACUCUCUUACUAUCCAUCAAACUACAAGCAGUCUGCGGUGAUUCCUCUUCUUGAUCUUGCACAACAUCAGCAUGGAGGCUGGCUCCAUGUUUCAGCUAUGAAUGUUGUUGGAAAGUAUCACCUGCUCGUUUGUGGCACAACACCUUGCAUGAUCUGUGGUUCACGAGAUAUCGAAUCAGUUUUGCUAGACCAUUUGGGAGUCAAACGCGGUGAAGUCACAAAGGAUGGCUUGUUCUCUGUUAGAGAGAUGGAAUGCAUGGGAUGCUGUGUUAAUGCGCCCAUGAUCACGGUGGAAGAUUAUUCCAAUGGAUCACAAGGAUAUACAUACAACUAUUUCCAUGAAACUCAAGACCCGAAGAGGAUCAAGUGCGGACCUGAAGGAGGAAACACGACACUGCUCGGCGAGCCAAAGCCACUACAGUUCCGUGAUCUGGAUGCUUGCUAA